AUGUAAGCCGCCCCGAGUCCCCGUUGGGGAGAUGGUGGCGGGGUAUAAAUAAAGUUUUAUUAUUAUUAUUAUUACCUAUCAGUCCAACAUGCAGGUUUCAUCCAAUGUCUGGGACAACAAAUUGACACCACUUCAGUAGAAACAUCCUUUCCAGUAGAACCAUUCUUUGCCUCUAGAUUUCUUCAGACAGGGCAAACGAAUCAAGGGGUUAUAGUAUUUUUUGUAGUGCACAGAGUUUGGUUACUUAUGGAUUUUUAAUCCAAGCAAUGUUUCCAUUGCAUUGGAUUAUUUUCAGGUUAUUUCUGAUAGCAAACCCAACAUUUUAUUCUCACCUUAAAGUGGGUUUCUUUUUAAUUUUAAGAUGGAUCGGUACUAAAAGUGUAAUCCCCCACCCCUCACCCCACACACAUUAUAGAACAACUGUGCAUCAAUGCACCAAUGAAAUGGCACUUUUCUAUGUGAUCACUGUAACUCUUGGGAAUUAAACAAAAAUUCUCUUCAUACCAUAGAAGCAACUCAGCAAAGUGAAGAAAUUGGUACCCCACCCCCACCCAGUCAAAGAAUGGAACAAGUGGAUGGGGAGCUAUGUCGUAAGAAUGUCUGCAUUUUAAAAAUCAGUGUGGAAGAGCAAAAUACAGAACAAAUAAUUACAACCAUAAAAUACUGCAUAAGAAGCAGGUGACAGGGUUACAUUGUAGUACUCCCAUAUUUCAAAAGAUAAUUGAAGGAGUUCUACAGAGAUUGUGUAUGGGGAACUUAAACAGUCUCAUCCCACAAGUGCAACAGGAGCCUGCUUGACUAAUGGUACAGUAAAGUAGUUUAUAUGGACCAUGAGUGGACCUAAGUGAAGACCUCACUUGCUUCCUACCCGCUCACACUGUCUCUGAUUAAUAGAGCCUAUGGCAGUGGUUCUCAACCCAUAAUGCAAUUCCUCAUGUUGUGAUGACCCCAACCAUAAAAUUAUUUUUGUUGCUAUUUCAUAACUGUAAUUUUGCUAAUGUUAUAAAUCGUGAUGUAAAUAUCUGAUUUUCAUUCACUGGACCACAUUUGGCACAAAUACCCAAUAUGCCCAAAUUUGAAUACUGGUGGGGUUGGGGGGGAUUUAUUUUGUCAUUUGGGAGUUAUAGUUGCUGGGAUUUAUGGUUAACCUACAACCAAAGAACAUUCUGAACUCCACCAAUGAUGGAAUUGAACCAAACUUGGCACACAGAACUCCCAUGACUAACAGAAAAUAUUGGAAGGGUUUGAUGGACAUUGAUCUUGAGUUUUGGGGUUGUAGUUCACCUACAUCCAGAGAGCCCUGUGGACUCCAAACAAUGAUGAAUUGGGACCAAACUUGGCACAAAUACUCAAUAUGCCCAAAUAUGAAUGCUAGUGGAGUUUGGGAAAUAUAGACCUUGACAUUUGGGAGUUAUAGUUGCUGGAAUUUAUAGUUCACCUACAAUCAGAGAGCCCCUUGAACCCCACCAAUUAUAGAAUUGGGCCAAACUUCCCACAGAGAACACUCACGAUCAUCAAAAAUACUGGAGGGAUUUGGCUUCCUAAGACCAUAUGAAAUAUGUGUUUUCUGAUGGACUUUAGUGACCCCUCUGAAACCCCCCUCGUGACCCCCCAGGGGUCCUGACCCCCAGGUUGAGAAAUGCUGGCCUACGGGUUUCUGAAAAAGAGAAACUGCUCCAACAGCUAGAACUUAGCUCUCUUUUUGUUGAUGCCACUCUACCCAAGAAAGAAGGAGGGGUGCAUGUCACAUACAUUGUGGAUGGCUUCUUGGAAAAUAUUUUCACCAUUGUUCAUAUGAUCCACCCCCAGAGAGGUAUCCUGAAAUUAAAAAGUUGCAUACAAUGGAGGGCUAGCUUCUAUGAAGAUCAGUCUUAAUUGCACCAUAUGGUGAGUGUUCAUAGGUCUGUUCUCCUAAAGAGGUCCCCAGUUCAUACUUUUGCCACCAGAUGGCUCUCGGAAUCCACAUAAAUAUUGCCAUUCAACCGGAAAUCUUUUUUCACAAAAAACAAGAAAUCUGAUUGGUGCAUAGGUGGUCAGUUGAGUCCUUCCAGAUUGCCAGCUGUCCAAUCCUUUUCCUUCAUUUGCCCGGGAAAAUAAUGACUAAGUCACCAAGCCUUGCAGAUUAAAAACACCCCUGUUUUGAAAGAAUUAUUCAGUGUACGCAUUUUUUCUUUUUCUUUUCUACCUGUGCUGAUAAUCUUAAAAUCUUUGGAAUGGUUACACCUUGAGGUACAUGUUUUGGAGUGCGUGCAACUCAACACUGGGAGUCAGAACUGAAAAGGUAUUUAAGGCAAGUGACACUUAGCAGCAUUCAUACACUCCAGUUCGCAGAAGUAUCAUUGCAACUAGCAGCAGCAGGCCACCACUGAAAAGAUGGCAAUCCUAGCAUUCAUUCUGAUUACUGUUGUGGCCUUGAGCAUUCAUUCAGAAGCAAAACAAGAAAUAAAAGGGAAUGUUCUAAAAGUACGAAUAGAAUGGACUACACAUUCUACAAUCCCACCUAAGAAAGUAUUGAUCACCUGCAAUACAUCUGAUACAUUUGUCUAUUGGGAGAAAGACGGGAUAUGGAAAGGAAAUGGCAAGUCAUUGGAACUCUUACUCAAGGAGCCCCCAGAUGCGGGUACUUACAAUUGUCGGAGUAAUGAUACACACGAACUUAUAUGUUCCCAACCCGUUUGUGUUAUGAAGGAACUUCCUAAUGGGGAAAUAGCUGAAUCAGUUCUCAAAGACCUCAAAGGACCAAAUGAUAGGACCUUCUUCAGAUGUACUGCAAACAACUACUCUGGUAAUUUCACAUGCUUUUGGAGAUCAACUAUCCAAGAUUCAGAGUUGAAGUUUGAGACUGAAGCUUGGCCCAAAGGUACCAUAACUUGUGGAGAGAUAGUGAAGGACACUAUAAAUAUGAAUCGUGAAGGGACUGAGGGAAUAUACUCUGUUUCCUGCAAAAAAGAACAAAACUGCUUAUCCACUGAAGAGUAUAAACAAAGUGAGAUGGAUCUACAUGUUUUCCACGGAGGUGUAUGUGAAACCCACAAACAUGCCUUCUUUUUCAAGGAUAUAAUAAAACCUGAUACUACUGAGUGCUGGGUUCACCAAAGUGGCCUUUUGACAUGGACACCCCCUAAAACCUGGAGCACACCGUAUAGUUAUUUUGGACUAACGUACCAGAUCCAAAUGGUUAGACACGGAAGGGAACAGAUAUGUGAAGUUACUAAUGAUGCACUAUAUCAAAAUGGAGAUCUUCUAGCCUGCUACAAGCGUGAAUGCCGACAUGAAAAGUGCUUUAUUCGAUCCAGAAAUCGUUAUCACAAAAGUUCUCCUUGGAGUGACUGGUCUGCAAUGUGCAGGAAUAAAUCUCAAAGGAAUGACAAAUCACCCAUUCGUGAAGAUAAAUCAAAAAUAGAAAAAUGCAGAUGUCAGAAUUGAAACUGAAAAGCUGCUGGACAUGUCUGAAGUUUACUAUUGUACUUGUUAUUUAUUAUUAUAAAUAUUAUUAUAAUUAUUAUUAUAUAUUAUUUUAUUUUUUCAUGCAUACUUGAAUGUGACAGGUACAUAAAUAAUUUCUGUUCUUAAAAAAGCUGGCACAGUUUGAAUUAGAAUUAUAAUGAAUUCCUUGUAUACCACCUUACUAUAUUUUAUUUUAUUAUAAGCUAAAAAAGAUAACAGCAAAAAAACACACACACACAAAAAUUCAUCACCAUUGCUAUUGUUGCAAUAGUAGAAUAUAAAAAAGAUUGCUUAUGAAUGCAAAAAAAGACAAAACCUAUUAGGAUGGUGUAAGAAAACACACAGAUUUACAUUUUCAACCUCUGAAGAUGCCUGCCAUAGAUGUGGGCAAAACAUCAGGAGAGAAUACUUCUGAAACAUGGCCAUACAGCCCAGAAAACAUACAACACAAAUUUAGAUUAGAUAGCUGAUAGACAGACAAAAAUCUAACAUCUGUAAAUUUGUAUAAUUUGUCUGUUUAAUAUGGUAUUUUAAUCUACCUAUCAAUGUAUUGUGUUUAGAAAAUUAACCAGUGCUCUGAUAGUGUAUCAGAAUGUCAUCUGUUUGAAAAUACAUAAGUAAUGUAAUUUUACUAUUUGUGGUUUUUUAUUAUCGUGGAUGACAAUGUUAUCAGCAGGGAUUUGACAUGGUUGCUAAAUGAAAUCUACAUGUUUAAAAGAAAUAUACACUUACUGCUAGAUAUUAUCAAUUAAAGUCAUCACUUUUUUAUCAUCACAAAACCAAAUAAAUUCAGAAGUUUUUAAGAUUGAUUACAAAAAUAAUUUUAAAACAAUGGUUUAAAUUUUUUGCAUUUUUACAAAAAUAUUUCUAGAAAAAUGUGUAAAUAUAAAGAUUUUUAGAAAAAGUAUACAUUUGAAAAUAAAUUAUUGGUUUUUUGAAGAAUGUAUUUUGUUAAAAAAAAACAUUAAAAUUUUAUUCAGU